AUGGGACCCAUUUUUGUCAAGACCAAUGGAGACAACCCUAACUCCCCCUCCCCGGACUGGACAAAAGUCAUAGCGGGAUCCCAGGCUGGCUCGUUCUCGCGAGCCAGCGGUUAUGGAACUGAUGAUUUUUAUAUGGGUUACCUUGGCGAUUACUUGGGGAAGGUCAGCGAGAAGGAGCUGAACUGUCUUAACCGUUCAGGGGGUUUCAGGGAAGUCUUCCCAAAGCCUUCGGAAUGGGAGGAUAAACUCAAAGCGCGAGAAGUAAGGCUGGCUGAGAUACAGCGCUUUAUCAACUUCAGAAAGAAAGAUCCUCAGGAAGAAGACUCGAUUCUCAAGAAAGCGGACGAUCUCUACAAGCUCCUAAAAUUUGAUACAGAUGGUAUUCGAGCGGAAGUGCAAAAGAAAUGA